AUGUCCCUCUCCAAAUGCCCUCCAGAAUUGGUUCUAAAUAUCGCGAACCAUAUCCCAAGCAAACAGGACCUCAGCAGCCUCUCGCGAACUUGUCAAGAUCUCCGCUUUCUGCUGAACAACUGCCUCUAUCGCCGUGAUGUAGAGUCUGACAAUCCACAAGCCCUAUUUUGGGCAGCCUGCACAGGCCGCAUAUCCAUUGCACGGAAGGCCCUCUCGCAUGGCGCAAACAUACAUGCACGGGAUACUUCCACUUCGCCUCCCCGCAACCUUGUCCAAGCCUUGCCCCGUCGCUGGGAGUCAUGCCCGACAACUUUCGACUUCACCCCUCUGCACAUAGCAACUCGCUUCCGCCAUGAGAGCAUGGUUCGUUUUCUCGUCCACCAGGGUGCGGACAUCCAUGAGCCAUUCCCAGACCACCUGGACGGGUACCCAUUGCAUUUUGUCAGUGCCAACGGUCCCAUGGGCAUCCUGAGGCUCUUCUUGGAGAGAGGCGAUGAAGUCGACGUGCGCAAUGCUCUAGGGUGGACGCCUUUGUAUUGUGCUGUGAGGUCGUUUUCUACAUGCACUCCCGAUAAGAAGAAAGCUGCGCGUAUCCGGCUGUUGUUGGACUAUAAUGCCGAUCCAGAUGUCGAGAGCAGGGAUGGGAAGUCCCCUAGGGACUUGACAAGCAACUCUUAUGAUUCGUAUAUUAGGAUGAUGUUCCAGGACGAUAAACAGUGGAGAAUUCGUCUUCAUGAGGCCAAUUGGGAGGUUUGGCGGUUUCGGGAGGAUUUUCUGUUGGAGGAGCAAGAGGCGGAGGGAGACGCUGAUCGGACGGGAAUGUUGAACGGUAGUAAUUUCGCUUCCGCGACACAGGAUGCGGUGAAAGGAUCAAAAUCGAAACGGUCUCGCAAAUGGCCGAAUAAAAAGAGGACACAGGCAGAGGAGGCGGUUGGUAUUGAAGAGCGCAAACGUGAAGAAAAGGGAAAGCAACUCUCGAACAAGGAAGCAGUGGAUCUGGUUAAGCUUGACAAGAAGACUGUCGACACCAUCGCCGGAAGACAGCAUGCCUGGUCAACGAUCCGUGCUGAGUGUGAUCAGCGUGUUACGAAGCUGGUUAAGGUUCGAGGAUUACCUGCUAGAUGCUCGCAUUUAUCCAUUACAAUAUUCAAGAGGAAAGGAAAGGUUGAGUGCCUAUAUUGCAAUGUCAUUGUUAAGCAAUCUUUUCAAUGCCCUGAUUGCAGUGCGGUUGUUUACUUCAAGUGUGUUUCAUGA